GCAUCACCAAGUCAACAAAAACAGCAACAGCAACAACAACAACAACAAUUUUGUACAUUAUCAACAUCGUCAUCAUCAACAGAAGCGACACGACAAUCACGUACGGAAAGUGAAAUAAAAGCAGCAAAAAUACGUGAAGCACUCGAGAAAAUGCGUGAAGCAGAUAUUAAAAAAUUAUACGUGAAAUUUUUUCUUGAUGAUGGUGCAUCAACGAUUUCGUUACUCGUCGAUGAACGUUGGACAGUUGCUGAAAUUUUACGACAUAUCGCUAGCAAGCAAAAAAUUCCCUUAACUGAGCAACACGCGAUUGUUGAAGAAUAUCCUGAACUUUAUAUUACUCGAAUAUAUGAAGAUCAUGAAUAUCUCGUGGAAAACAUAAUGAUGUGGGUAUUAAAUUCACCAAAUAAGCUUUAUUUUACGCGACGUCCUGACAAAUACGUUUUUAUCGAACGUCCUGCAGAAUUUUUGGUUUCCGAGCGCAAUAUUGAUGUUUUAUCUCAAGGACCACCAUCACCAGACACUAAGCGACAAAUUGUUAAGGAUUUCUUCGAGAACGAUCAUGUGGAACCACCUGAAAUGGAAGGAUGGCUAAUGCUGAAAUCCGAUGGACGAAAAUCGUGGAAAAAAUAUUUCUUUAUUUUGCGAUCGUCCGGUUUAUAUUAUUCGAGUAAAGGCAAAAGUCGUAAUUCGAAAGAUUUACAAUGUUUAAUGAACAUGCAAACGAAUCAAGUUUAUGUGUGUUCGGAAUGGAAACGCAAAUAUAAAGCGCCAACGAAUUUCGGCUUCGCUAUUAAGCAUCCAAAAAUUCAAGUAAAAGCAUCGAAAUACAUUAAAUAUGUUUGCGCAAACGAUGCGAUCACAUUUCACAAAUGGAUGGCUGCUCUUCGAAUUGCUAAGAAUGGUCGACAAUUGUACGAUAAUUACUUAGCAGCAAAAAAAUUUAUGGAAUGUAUUACAACUCAACCGGUGAAAGUAGAUAUUCCGCAAAUAAAUGCCAGUGCGACAAUGAAUUAUGAUCGAUUUUCCACGAUAUCUGCGCAAAGGAAUGGCCAUCAGGAUCCACCUUCCUUCUUAAAUCUGAAUCGUGAAAUAAUACCAGAAAGAGUAAAUAAAAUAUCACCUUGUGCGAAUUCAACUUCUGAUGCGUGCUGUUCGAAUCACAGCAGUAUUGUUUUUGAUCAGUGCGAUGAAUUGUUAACGGGAACCAUAAAGCGAGCUCCAUGCGAUUUCUUAUCACAGUGUAGACGGCAGUCGUCACAUUAUGAUCGGUAUAGCUCUAGUGGAGGCACUGGAUCUCCAACGGUUCAAAGUAUUGGCGAUGCGGCUGAUUCAGAUAGCGAUGAAGAGCAGUUUCCACCUCCGCCACCUAUGGCUACAACACCAGAAACAAACCUUGUCCAAUCAACACAAAAGAUAAAAAAAGUACCACCACCUCCACCACCAAAGCGCGCUGAUACAACACGUUUACACACGGCGAAUAUUGAUGCUUUACAUAACGAGUUGGAAAUUGCAAUGGCACGAAGUAAAGGAUUUUGCGAUGUGUUUUAA